AUGGCAGCCAACAGCAGCAGCACGGGUAGCAAGCCCAGCGGCGCCAGCGGCACUGGGGGGAAACAGUCCGGCCCUUCGGCCGAGCAGGUGGUGGCCACGUUUCAGAGGAUGCGUCAGGAACAGCGCAGCAUGGCCUCUAAAGCUGCCGAGCUGGAGAUGGACAUCAACGAGCACAGCCUAGUAGUUGACACGCUGAAGGACGUGGAUCCUUCGAGGAAAUGCUUUCGUCUGGUCGGAGGGGUGUUGGUGGAGAGGACGGUGAAAGAAGUUCUACCAGCCUUGGAAAACAACAAAGAACAGAUCUCCAAAAUAAUCGAGUCCAUCAACACGCAGAUGCAGACGAAAGGGCGGGAACUCACAGAGUACAGGGAACGCUACAACAUCCGGUUGGUGGGAGAGGGCGAAGGGGAGGAAAAGGGCCAGUCGGCGGCGUCCUCCUCCAGGGACAGCGAAGGCGGCGGGUCUAAAAGCGGCGCCGGUGUUUUAGUGUCGUAG